AUGUCCAAACCAUUGAAAGUCGGCGACAAGUUCCCAGACGGCGUCAAGCUAGAAUGGGCACCCAUAACAGAUCCAGACCCCACAUCCUGCGGCGUGCCCCAAGUCUUCGACGCCAGCAAAGAAUUCGCCGGCAAGAAAGUCGUCCUCGUCUCCGUUCCCGGCGCCUUCACGCCUGGCUGCCAGGCCUUCCACAUCCCACCCUACUUCGCCAACCUCGACAAGCUCCUCCAAAAAGGCGUCGAUCUGGUCGUCGUCAUAGCGAGCAAUGAUUCGUGGGUCAUGGCUGCGUGGGGCAAAGUCAAUGGCGCGAAAGAGGAUACGAAGAUUAGGUUUAUGAGCGACACAAAGAGCUUCUUCUCGAAGAAUUAUGGAUGGGAUGGGCCUGCGGAUCGGAACGGGAGGUGGGCGAUGGUGAUUGAGAAGGAUGGGACGAUAUCUGUUGCAGAUGCAGAAGAGGGCCCUGGGAACGUGACGGUCUCCGGAGCGGAAUCGAUCCUCUCGAAGUUGUAA